AAAGCAGAACCCACCAAUCACAAACGUCUUUCCUAGGGCCACGCCCCCAUCGCCCCCUCUGGGAGCCGAGUCGGAUUUCGUGCACCCCCCUCCUUCCCUUACGCACGCUGCGCGCGGACGUCGGCCUCUGACGCCGUCGUCGCCCCCGCGCCGAGUCCCGCCCGGGCCGCUCCCGCCGACCGUUGGGCGGCCUGCCGAUGUCCCUCCCUCAGGACCUCCCCCCACCCCUGAACUGCUCUCGCGGCAGCGACCCAUGUGGGAGUUCAGGCUCCUGCGGUCGCCACCGCUGCUGCUCCUCCUGCCGCAGCUCAGCCUCGGAAUCGCCGCGUCCCGCUCGCAGGCCGAAACCAUGAACCUGGGCGGCGGCAGCGGUGCGCCGUUCUCCCCGUCGGCGGAGGGGCGCCGGCCGCAGUGCCUGCAGCUGUCCACGGUGCCGGGAGCUGACCCGCAGCGCAGCAACGAGUUGCUCCUGCUGGCGGCGGAGACAGCCGGGGAGGGACCGGAACGGCGGGCCCUCCCUGGGGACCGGGCGAAGGAGGAGCCGCAGCCAGCGCCCCAGCAUCACGUUCUCUAUUUCCCGGGGGAUGUGCAGAAUUACCAUGAAAUUAUGACUCGUCAUCCUGAGAAUUAUCAGUGGGAAAACUGGAGUCUAGAAAAUGUGGCCAACAUUUUAGCCCACCGGUUCCCCAAUAGUUACAUUUGGGUGAUAAAGUGUUCUCGAAUGCAUUUGCACAAAUUCAGCUGCUAUGAUAAUUUUGUGAAAAGUAAUAUGUUUGGUGCUCCAGAACACAAUACUGACUUUGGAGCUUUUAAGCACCUUUAUAUGUUAUUAGUUAAUGCUUUUAACUUAAGUCAGAACAGUUUGUUAUCAAAGAAGAAUGUGAAAGAUUUGAAUCAGGACUCCAAAGCAUCUAAUUGUAGAUCCAGUUCUUCUCACACUACUAAUGGUUGCCAGGGAGAAAAAGAGAGGACCUGUGAAAAGUUUGAUGAGUCCGCCAUGAGUUUUUAUCCACCAUCACUAAAUGGUGCUUCUUUUACUUUGAUCGGAUUCAGUAAAGGUUGUGUUGUUUUGAAUCAAUUGCUUUUUGAAUUAAAAGAAGCCAAGAAAGACAAGAACAUAGAUGCUUUUAUCAAAAGCAUAAGAACAAUGUACUGGCUGGAUGGUGGUCAUUCCGGAGGAAGCAAUACUUGGGUUACUUAUCCAGAAGUCUUGAAAGAAUUUGCACAAACAGGAAUUAUUGUUCAUACCCAUGUAACACCAUACCAAGUAUGUGAUCCAAUGAGAUCUUGGAUUGGGAAGGAGCACAAGAAAUUUGUUCAAAUACUUGGAGAUUUUGGUAUGCAGGUGACUAGCCAAAUUCAUUUUGCAAAGGAAGCUCCUUCCAUAGAGAAUCACUUCAGGGUUCAUGAAGUAUUUUGAGACUACAAGAACAUUAAUGUCCUUGUUCAGUGGAAGAGCAGAAGCACUUUGAGUGUUAUAAAUUCAGAUAAAUACAUUUUGAGAAACCAAGAUCUAAUGAGUGUCAACUAACACUGACAGCUGUAUGAUCACAAUAAAAGGUGAGCAGUCACUUUUUUAUUGCUUAUUAAUAAUUAGCUUUUGCAGGUCAUGAAAUAAUUAAGCAGGCAUUGCCGCUUUCAAAUUGAUAAAAAAAGAUACUGAAGCUUAAUAUCUUAAUAACCCAGAGGACCUAAAUUUAUAAAAUACAGAAUUAAAAUGUUAAUCUCUUGGUUUCUUCCCAGACUUAUAUUUUAAUGACUCUAUAAUACAUUCCAAAUAUUCAAACUUAUAAGAAUUCUUGCUCACCAAAUGCUUAGAAAUGACAUCCCUUAAUUGUAUAAAGUACAGAAUAGUAUCUCAAUUUUUUUUAAGGACAAGUUAGUUUAUGUUGGUUCAAUUUCUUUACCGGCUUUUAAGACCAAAAAUUCCCAGUAAGGAAACCAGCAACCUGAUUCUAGCAUUUUAUUACCUAAUCUUAAAGUAUCAUGAUUGAUCGGAUGGCUUCUUUCAAUGUUUAAUAAUCCUUGGUUAAAUUCAUGUGUAUCUAAUGUUAAGUAGCUAAGUUACUGAAUGCACUACUGAGGGGGAAGGAAAAGCACUUAUUUCACAGGGUUAGGUAAAAUGGAAAAAAGACUUUUGUAGAAGGAUUUAUUUUAAAAAUCUGAGAUAUUUAAAAAUCUGGGUUCUUUAGCUAUCUAGUCAUAUGACUGCUUAAUUAUAAUUGUUAUGUGUUCAAUGGAUGUUAAGAAUAACUCACUGGACACCUGGAACUGCCAUUGCAACAGGAUGAGAGUGUUGAAAGUAGAAAUAUUUUCUUGAAUGAAAAUAUAUUCCAGCUGAUCCAUAUUCAAAUAUUUAUGACUUCCAAUUUGUUCUUUCUCUACAUUUGUUUAAAACUAUUGUAAAUGUUAGUGUAUCCUUUUGGAUUGUGCCUUUGUGUUUGUGUCAUGAGAAUCAACUGAGAAGUCAUACAGAUAAUGUGAAAGUUGUUACCGCCACAGCAUGAAUGUACAAUUGUAUUAAAUUUAAUCCAGAGAA